AUGCUCUGUUCUGUGAAUACACUAUCCACGUCGAGGCUAGGCUCCUCCGGUUUUGGGAGUCCACAUGGUGGUGAGCUGAUGUGUCUCGAGAUGCUCAUGAUAGAUAUGAAUGUAAGCUUCUGCUGUUCACGUCAGAUUUCUCCAAUUCUGGGAAGCCAAGAAUUUCAGACCCGAUUAUUUGCAGAUGAAACAACCCUAUCGAAAACCCACAUGAUCAGAUGUAUGAUGGUUCAUAGGACGAUCUCUGCUACACCAUAUGUUACGGCUUACUUCAGUGACUCUCAGCGUCAAGCUACAAAGGAUGCUGUAUCCGGAAACAAGAGCCUGUUUUUCUUUGGUGGCUCUAACUUCGUUCCUGACAUCCCUUCACUUCAGCGUUGGUUAGAUUUAGCUUGGAAGAAUGGGUUUGAUGUCUCUGGAGCACAUUUCGAUAACAAAGUCUACGGUUGUAAGAAAUGGAUUGGGACUUCUGAAUGUGCUGCGUUGUUACGGUCUUUUGGGUUGAGAGCUAGAGUUGUUGAUUUUGCUCCUAAGGAUUCUCGGUCAGUGUAUCUUUCGGUUCCUGGUUCUGUUGUUGCUCCUAAGAGAAGGGCGUAUGGUCCUAUGGGUAGGUACGUAAUUAAAAAUGGUGAAAGUGGGAAGGAGAAAAGUGGUUCUAGCUCUUCUAGGAUUAGUAAAGGAGCGGUUUUGAUGGAUUGGGUCUGGAAUUACUUCUCGGAUAACAGGCCUUUGUAUUUCCAACAUGAAGGGCACUCGAGAACAAUCAUUGGGAUUCAGAGACAGUUGCAAGGAAAUACAUUUACACCUCAGUAUAAUCUCCUGGUUCUGGACCCAGCUGAUAUAUUGUACGUUGAUAAUGGAAUUGCUGUUGGUGAGGAGUUGGAGCAGCUCAAGACCAUUGAUGGUCACUUUGUUGAAUUCUAA